AUUCAAGCUCAUACUACCUCUGCCCACUGCGUCAACGACAAAUUAAGGGGAGAGGCGCGUCGUUCUCUCCUGCCUUGAAGGUCCAUCUUCCAGGGCACCGUUAUAAUUAUUUUAGAAAAAGAGGGCACGGUUGCUCGUGACUACAAAUGGAAUCUGAAGCCAAGAAGCGCGAUCUCUUGGAGCAAAUGCUGCUUGAUAAGAACAUAGGGCCUUCAGACCUGCCACUAUCACUUCUAAAAGCCAUCACAGGUGACUUCUCCGAAGAUCACAGAAUUGGCGAAGGUGGAUUUGCAGUUGUUUACAAGGGAUUACUUGCGAACGGGUUGGUCGCUGUGAAAAAGCUGUCAGCACAUACUAUGGAUGAGAAGUUCUGUGACGAGGUUUUUAAUCUGACAAGGGCGAAGCACAAAAACAUUGUCCGAUUCUUGGGAUAUUGUUCUGACACACAAGGGAAAGUCUGGGAACACGUUGGGAAGAUGGUCAUGGCAGACGAUCGAGAAAGACUGCUCUGCUUUGAGUUUCUGCCAAAUGGGGACCUUCAUAAGUAUAUCAGUGAUGCACCCGGAGGACUUGAUGGAUUGAAGACACGCUAUCAAAUAAUUAAGGGAAUUUGCGAGGGUUUGGAUUAUCUUCACCAGCAAAACAUUGUUCAUCUAGAUCUGAAACCUGCGAAUAUACUGCUGGACGAUGACAUGGAGCCUAAGAUUGCCGAUUUUGGUCUGUCAACGUGCUUUGAUGAAAAGCAAACUCGGGAUAUAAGAUCAAAAGUGGUUGGAACACCGGGUUAUAUGGCACCAGAAUUGGAUGGAGGAUUAAUCACAACCAAAUCAGACAUAUAUAAUCUCGGUAUUAUAAUUACAGAGAUAUUGACAGGGAAUAGGGAGGAUCUUCUGAUUGAGAAUGUACUUGAGAGGUGGAGUACUACUAUUUUCGAUACGCCAGAGGGAGGCACAUGGCUGGAAAAUCUAAGAGUAUGCGUUGACAUAGCCACGCAGUGCAGGGAUUCUGACAUAAAGAUGAGACCAACGACACAGGAUAUACUCGAGGCACUUAACGGGCGCCCACGCACCGCAACAAGCACGCAGCGAACAACGAGCCAGGUUCUGUCGAUGGAUAUGUCAGCACCAUCCCCGCUUGAGAGAAUAAUAAGAAGACCCGAGAGAUCCAGAGUGGAAACUCCUGAGAUAUGGUCCCUGGGGUCCACUAAGAUUAGCAAGCUGCUGGACGUCUACCCGCUGAAGCUCCGCUUCCCACCAUCGGUUCCGGACAAGCACAACGUAUGCCCGCUGAGCCUGACCAACAGGACAGAUAAGCACGUUGGCGUCUGGAUGAGGCAGACCACCACUACUAUAGACCCUGAAGGACGUCUGAUGCCAGUUAGAAUUUGCAGUUUUGAUGACCUUGACCCACAGACAGACUCCGAAGAGGACUUUGAUCCAACAUUAAGCUCCAAGAAGGUGGGCGAUUAUUUGGGGUCUGGCCGCGGAUGGUCUUACCCUAUAAUUAUCCUGGAGCCACAUUCCACAACGGUUUUGGCUGCGACAUUAUCGGAGGAGCCACAGAGACAGUCGCCGCAGGACCCAGCCACAUUUGAGGUGCUGAUGGUAGUCAUGAAAUCAGCGCCAAACCUCAGAACUUUGAACUCAUCCAUUGCUGAUCAUGUGGACAUAACCCCCAAUUUUUGGUCCAUAUUGCGUGACUUUGACGGCGAGGUGCACCGCGCCAUGCUGAGCGCUGUCGUCUGUGAACCAGGAACCUUCGAGUCAGUAAUGACAAGUCAGGUGGAGUGUGGUCGGUUAAUUUCCUAUGGCUCUUUUACGUGUCAGUUCGAACCAGCAACGUCGGACUUUGGAGAAGUCUUAUGCAUAGAUGUUCAUCCCACCGAGAAAUUGAUUUUGGUUGGUCAUUUGGGUUACUUUGAGCAUGUCCGAUGUCCAGAAGGGUAUGUUUCCAUCUGGAACUACGAGACGCAGGAAAAAGUGAUGGAAUUGCAGGUCAUAAAACACGACGAGGGCGGACUUUACCAGCCACGCCACUGUCGCGUGGUCAAAUUCAUCGCUCAAGAGAAAUGGUUCGUUACCGGGGACGAUCACGGAUGGGUCCAUGUCUACAGUUACAUUACAAAAGGCAAGGUCAAGGAAUUCCAGGCUGACGAUGGUUCGUCUGUCAAGUUGGCUGUUCACCCAACUAAGCCGUUCCUGCUGACGGCUUCUUAUGGUGAUGACACCAAAAUCAAGCUUUGGGACUGGAGCAAGGACUGGCAGUGCACUAAAACUUAUGACACGCACAGCGCCGUGUCCUGUCUCAUGUUUAACAUAAGGCACCCAGACACAUUUGCUAGUGUUUCCGCUGAUGAAGAGAAUCCGCUUAUAAAGAUUUGGAAUAUUCAUUAUUCUCUACAUCCUCAACCCAAAUUAUUGUCUGACCAGAGAAAAGUUGAGUUCCUUUCCGCUGAUAUUGAUCGGAAGUAUUUCAUCAUUACUUGUGGCUAUAAUGCAGUAGGUACUAAUUCUGCAGAGAUAUGGGAUCCACAGAACAGGAAACUAGUUCACACUCUUGUCGUGAGGGGUUGUAAGAUGUUUCAUGUUGCUUGCCACCCAACGCUUCCAAAAUUUGUUACCUUGUUAGACGACCGGUCGUCUCUUUGUUUAUGGGAUGCCAAUACCUACAGGCUUGAGAAAAUGGUUCACCCGCUGAACUUUCAGAUAAUUGGGCAUAUGUUACAGGAUGGAGUCAUGUUUCUCACUGGUACUGAGAAUAAUACAAGGCUUGUGGUCGGAUCUGAACCAAAGAUUAUGACUGUAAGGAUUGAUGGUGGGAACGAAGAUGUUUGAGGUUUACAAUGGGCAACAUGUACGUGAGAACCAUGUCAAAGGAAAGAGGGAGAUCUUUGAAACCAUCAAAAUUUAUGUUAUGAAGAUUCUAGCUAUAGCCAUUUGGCUUUGUCUGCACAAAGAUGCAUGUGCCUUUUGGAUGUCAUUAAUGAUGUGAGCUUGGUGAUACAUCUCUUUAAUUGGAUUUUUCUUGUUCCAUGUGUCAACCCUAAUGUUUAAGUAUACUCUUUGUUUUACAACAAUGGUAUUCAUUUCCUUGAGGGUAGUUAUUUAACAAUACAAGUUUGUUCUUGUAAUCUAUAUGCAUACGAGAAAAUGCAUUUGCUUAGUGUUGAUCACUCAAUCGAACAGAUGUUAUUCGUUUCAUUC